UAAACAGGGGGCCAUCACAGUACAGUGCUCAGACAAUAACAAAGACGCCAAAUGUUCAUAAGAGCAACACAAAAGAGUAAAGAGAUUGUAGGCUACAUUACGAUAAUGUGACUUUCAGACGCGGUUCUGUUUUACAGCAGUGCACUAGACCUUAUCAUGCGACACACGUGGGCCCAAUUGUUUUUAUCUGUGUUGUUUGUUCUGAAGGAUCGAACAGUUAUUUUGGCUAACGAUUUGACUAUCACCGGCGGGACGAUGAGUGACAGAUCGAGUUCAAUAAAGCCACUGACUCCUGGACAUCAGCAGUCCACUUCUGAACCAGGGUCAGCGUUCACGUUGAAGGUCCGAGUCGUGGACACAGUGAACCGACAGCCUCUGAGCCAAGCCUCUGUAGAGCUGUACGUGAACCACACCAGGACCAGCUCUGCCCUCACUGAAGAUGGGGAGGCUGUGUUGGUCGUGCCCUACCAGCCUGGCCUGCCUCUGAGCCUGGGGGCCAGCAUGGAUGGCUACCUUCUCACCACACUGCCCUGGAACACCAGCAGGAAGCCCAUGUUUUCGUCGGUGACCCUGUCGCUGUUCCCCCUUAACCAAGGCAACAUCUGGCUCUUUGAAGAUUCAGUUCUAAUAACAUCUGGUGUUGCUCUGCAGCCCAGUGUUCAGAUCCCCAGACACCUGCUCCCUGUGAGGGAAGCUGAUCUGCCUGCCGUCAGAGCCUUCUUCACCAGCCCCCCGCUGGGCCCCGGCAUACACAGCUACCUCCACACCAUGGGCCUGAUCACCAGCACCACAGGUUACAGCAGCAUGGAGCUGAGUCCACUAGCAGCCGUCAGCAUGCAGCUGUUCUCUCUGGAGAGAGAGAUCCACGUGUCUGGGCCUGUACAGAUCAGCCUGCCCCUGCCUGACACCUCCGGACUGAGGCCCUCUGAUGCUGUCCCAGCCUGGCUCUAUAACCACAGCACUGGUGCCUGGGGUCCUCAAGGAGAGGGGCUGGUGAGCCGGCAGCAGAGUGGGCUGGUCUGGACCUUCACUGCUCCUCACCUGGGCUACUGGAUUGCAGCACUGAUGCCAACAAACCAGGGUGGUGGUGGGCUGGCCAUCUCUAUUGACCUGCUCUCACAGCACACACUUGUCCUGGCGGCCGCUGUGGGCGGAGCUCUGCUGCUCCUCCCCCUGCUCUCAGCUCUGCUGUGGUGUUGCCAUAGAGCUUCUCUUCAUCCCAAGGCAAAGAGAACACGUUCCAGAAACUCUGCAGUGUCCAAGAUGGACCAGACCACCUCGACCUGUGAUUUUGAACUUAACGAGGUGUCCUCUCCAGACUCCCCUCUCUGUGGAGGUGCAGCAGAGCAGCUGGCUGCAGGGGGGAGCCUAGCUGAGCCAGAGGGCUCCGCCUCUCCUGUACACAGGGGCAACUUUGAUACCUACGUGGAGAAGAAGGGACCCGGAGAUGUUUGCUUUUCUAAUCACUCUGUUAACCAUCAACCACAGGGCCGCGAGCCUUCACAACACCGGCCAGACAACCCCCACAGCAGUGAACUCUUGAGCUUGCACAACAUGUGCGACCAGACGAGCACCCCCCUCUCUUGUUAUGAGGGCGUACACCUCCAGGAGAGGGUGGUCCGCCUCUGGAACCAGCCAGUGGCCAUUCUCCACACGCCCGGCUUGUUUCACCUGCAAGAACAGCAACCACAAAGCAAGUCAGCCACUCUGCCACGCCCAGGCUCUCCCAACACUCACCCUCACUCAGAAGCCACGCGUGAGGACAGCUUCCCCCCGACCCUGCUGCAGAACCCCCUGCUCCAGGGGGCAGGCAGCGAGGGGCCUCCAGGAGCCCCGGAGGAGCCCCGGGGCCCCUCCUCACCUGGCUCCCUCUGGGGAAUCUACAGCUGCCUCCCAGAGUCAGGCUCCCUUCCUGGCACGCUGAACAGCACGAGGGCCAGUGCUGACCCGGCCCUGCCCCUCUCCCUGGAGGCCCCGGGGGCCCUGGCACAGCUGCCUGACCCCUCCAGCGGACACCCCCCGUCCCCCCGGGCCUGGUUCGUGUCCCUGGAGGGCAAACCAGCGGCUGAGAUCCAUCACUCCACCUCAGACUCCCAGAGGAGACUAAGGCCGGCCGACAGUCGCGACACCAGCCUGGACUCUGGGGUGGACAUGAGCGAGCCCAACCAGCCGACCAAUAGGAAGCCGGUACAGCUGGAGCGUGAUAGGACGUUGGUCCGGAGCUCCCAGAUAGGAGCAUCUGCUAAAUGAACACGUUACAGGUUGGAGUUCACUGAGCAGGCUAUAGGAAACACUGCUGAGACAGCACUUCUGGAUCUCACCUCAACAUUAAAGUGUCUGAAGCACCAGGGGUUUAUUUUGAAAACCCAGUCCUGAAAUCAACAAAAGCAGAGGGACAGAACGUUACCCUCAAAUCUGAUAAAAAAAAUUCAAUAUAGCAAUUUAAGCCUCCAGAAUAUGAUUUUUUUUUUUUACAAAGGUUUGUGUCUCAGGUAAUUGAUGUCUUUGUUGACUACUUAAAUAGCCUUUUAAAUUGACAUCCACCCCCCACCCCCAUCCC